AAAUCUGUCUCGAAACGGUGAGUACAAGGUGGCGGCUGCUCUGUCGUGACUCUACUUUCCCAGAAGGUUCGUUCAGAAUGCUCGACAGCUUGACCUUUAUAAGGGAAGAGCAUCUGCAGUUCUUGUUUCUUGAAACUAUGGAAUUAUCCAGUUUUCCUCAGGAUUCUUGGCAAUCAGCAGGAGGGUAGUCGGGUCUUGUUGUAUCAGAUAGGUUUCUAACUUUCUAUGGAUACCCUUUUCCAAGAUUUUCCUAGUUCCAUGUAUGGGUUCAAAUUUGAUCAUGGUUCAGUGCCGGUGUAUUCAAAUCACAACCUUGUUAAUGGGUUUAAAGAGAGCCCUGAGCGAAUCGUUCCAAAUCCACCUUCCCUUCCGACUAGUCCAGACUCUCCUUUUGAUUCAGCUUCAUCAUCAGGCGUGAGUUCAGACGGACAUCCUCUCGACAAUAUUCCUUUUGCCAAUGAAAUGCUCAAGUACAUCAAUGAGAUGCUAAUGGAAGAAGACAUAGAUGAAAAGACCUGUAUGUUGCAGGAUUGCUUAGCUCUCCAAGCUGCUGAAAAAUCCUUCUAUGAAGUCCUUGGCCACGAGUAUCCACUUUCAGCCGAUCGUCUCUCUCCUUGUACCGGUCAAAAUGGCUACUACCUAGAUGAUAAUCUGACCGAGAGAUCAAGUAUUGGUAGCAGUAACAGCUAUACUACUGCCACCACCUUGGUUGAAUCGAGUGGGAAAAAUAGGCCAGGUGAAGUCAAGUCCUCUUACAUUCAAACUUCUCUUAUUGAUUCUCUUGAAAGAACCUUUUUAGUGCCAGAUUUACAAAGAGAGACCACCUUAGAGUCUUUUAGGCACUUCAGAACAGGGAUUGGAGAAGCAAGUAAGUCCUCUCUCAAUGGUGAUAAGGUGCUUUUGGCUCCAGAAAGCAACCUAUCAAGGCCUUCAGUUUCUGAUGGAAGGUAUCAAUCACCAUCAGGGACAAGGGGAAGGAAAAAUUAUCAGCGUGAGGACGAUGAUUAUUUGGAAGAAGGUAGGAGCAACAAGCAAUCUGCAAUUUCUCUUGAAGAUUCAGAUCAGUCAGAUAUGUUCGACGAUGUACUGCUCUGCAAAGGUGAAAAUGAUGACUCUCCAAGAAGUUCUCUCAAUGGGAACUUGCAGCUAAAAUGGUCUAACGUUGGAACAACACGCAGAAAGAAAAACGAUAAGAAAAGUGAAGUGGUGGAUUUGUGGAGUCUCCUUACUCAAUGUGCACAAGCUGUGACCAUCAAUGACCAAAGGACUGCCAACGAGCUGCUGAAACAGGUAAGACAGCACUCUUCUGCUUCUGGAGAUGGAACCCAAAGAUUGGCACAUUACUUUGCUAAUGCCCUUAAGACGCGUUUGGCUGGCAAUGGGGCACCAUCGUAUUUACCUCUGCUGAGCAACAGGACCUCGGCUGCUGACGUCCUAAAAGCUUACGGAGUUUAUGUUUUAGCUUGCCCCUUCAAGAAAAUGUCAAAUUUUUACGCAAAUAAAAAGAUAAUGCAAGUGGCAGAAAAGGCAACGACGCUCCAUAUCGUUGAUUUUGGUAUUUGUUAUGGGUUUCAAUGGCCGUGCCUCAUCCAGCGUCUCUCAGCAAGGGCUAAUGGACCUCCCAAGCUUCGUAUUACUGGUAUCGAGUUUCCACAACCAGGUUUCCGACCUGCAGAAAGGGUGGAAGAGACUGGGCGUCGCUUGAAACGGUAUUGUGAGAGAUUCCAGGUCCCAUUUGAGUACAACGUGAUAGCAAAGAAAUGGGAAACCAUCCAACUUGAGGAACUAAGGAUUGAUAAAGAUGAAGUGGUCGUCGUCAACUGCAUGUAUCGGCUAAAGAACCUCCCAGAUGACACAGUGGCGCCAACCAGUGCGAGGGACACUGUUCUGAAAUUGAUCAGAAGCAUCAAUCCUCAAUUAUUCAUCCAUGGGGCCGCAAACGGAACAUAUAACGCUCCCUUCUUCGUCACAAGGUUCCGAGAGGCUCUCUUCCAUUUCUCUGCUCAGUUCGAUAUAUUUGAAGCCAAUGUUUCUCGGGAAGAUCCGCAGAGGAUGAUGUUUGAGAAAGAGGUGAUUGGGAGGGACAUUAUGAAUGUGAUUGCAUGCGAGGGCACUGAGAGGGUUGAAAGGCCAGAGACAUACAAGCAAUGGCAGGCUAGGACUAUGAGGGCAGGGUUCAAGCAGGUUCCAUUGGAUCAGGAGCUGUUGAAGAAAGUGACGAAUUUGGUGCGAUCAAAUUAUCACAGGGAUUUUGUUGUAGAUGUGGAUGGCCGCUGGAUGCUGCAGGGAUGGAAGGGCAGAGUUAUUUAUGGCCUUACAUGUUGGAAACCUGUCCGGAAUUAACUGUGAUGAGGAGUAAUGGUUCCACAGAUUAGUUUCUCUAGCCAUUUUGUUCCGAAGCCAUAUCACAUUAUUCAGUAGGCUUACCAUUCUAUUUGGUGUAGUUGUAAAAUAUCAACCCCUAGAAGUAAAGGUUGGAUGUGUGUCUCAUUAACUCUUAAUUCUAAUGUACUAUUUUAAAUGAA